AUGGACCCCACUCAAUCGCAUGGGCACGGAGCCCCAACAAACCCUUCUCCAUCAAAUGCUCGCAGUCCGCUAUCCCCUGGCAGUGGUAGCAGCGGGACCCCGAUCUCUUUCCAACCAAACGUCAAUCGCUCUAAGACCAAACGAUGGGUAGAAGCUAGGCAAUACUCAUAUGAUGGAGGUGACUGGGGCGACGACGACGAUGAGUCGGAAGAGGAGGAGGCACCUCCCCCGGUGCCUCGGGCCCCAUAUGCAUCACAACAUAAUGGCAGUUCAUCGGAGCUGAGCUCGCGCCGAUUGUCCGGUUUCGGGUUUGGCGCCGAUGAGUCGGGUUCAGCUGGGAAGAAGAACGGUGGAGGCGAGCAGAAGGUUCUUCCCUUCGUAAGACCAGCCGACCUCUACAAACGCAUGCGAGAGGAGAAGGCGUCUCAGUCCCCCGUUGCCGACGGUACCCCAGCUCCUAGCGCCACCGAGGCUUCCCCGCAAACAACUCAACAGCCCCCAUCAGUCGAACUGCCAGAGGUGAAACGGAUCUCGAGCUUCGGCACUGAUUUCAUGGGCGGCGCAGACUCCACUCAGCCAGAAAAUACGAGCACAGCCCAACCCGCUCUGCAGCACAACCCCUCUGCGGGAUAUCGUUCCGUUGUGCACCAGGCCUUCGAUGUCCCACAAACCCCACAAUCUACCACCACCAGUGUUGAGCGAUCUAACAGUGACAGCACCUCGGUGAUCAGCCCUAUUAUCGGCAGCCGUGGUGUUGAAGACGAACGCACUCCCACCAUUCUUGAGGAGCCCGAAACUAGUCCCCCGCGGGAAGCUACGACAGAGGGGCCUGUGUUCCAGCCUGGCCAUCGGCGAGACCUGAGCCUGCCAAAUUCGGAGAAUAGCCCCUCGAGGCGACCCCAGGUUACCGAUCAGGAAACACCCACAGCAGACCGUGCGGAAAUUUCGGGCAUUCCUCCACCGUCUCACGACAUUCCUCAUCCUAGCACGGAAAUACAUCCCUCCACCAUGCAGCCAUAUUCGAUUGACGGACAGGAUCGACCUGCGCCCCUGAAGUUUGGAAGCGCCUCGGGUUCCGAUAGCUAUGGUGCAAUCCCCACCAUCAUGGGAGCGGAAGAGUCGCCGCAGAACACCGACAACGACCGUUUAAGGGAAGAAAUUAUACAGUCCUUAAGUCGUGAAGCUACUCCCUCAGAGGAACCAGAACAGAGGAAUCAGUCACAGCCACAGCCACCUGCUGAGUCUAUUCCACAACAAUAUGAAAAAUACUGGAGCCCUACCGAAACACCCAACGCCCUGGUAUCUGGCACUCAGCCUGACCAGACAAAUCCUCAGCCCUUGGCUCCCCAGGAUCCCUAUGCAAACAGCCAGGGUAACUCGUCGUCUACCAUAGUUGAUCAACCAAAGAGGGCUAAGUUGGAACGGCGAUUCUCGUGGGAAUCCUCUGGCAGCGAAGAACCCGAACCCCAGAUACCCGGCAGCUAUUCAUCACCCCCUCACGACACAACUCUUUCUAUGCAAGAACCGGAGCCAAUUGUUGAAGACACUGCCGCGAUUCAAUCCGACCUGCCCCGCGAGAUUCCGACCUCUGAUAAUGAAGGCUCAGAUAGCCAACGCGCUGAAAGGCCUCGGCUCUCGAUCGUUCCACCCGUGCCCCAGAACGCUUCACCCCCGGAACAGGUCUCAGGGCCGGGCACCAUCCAACCUUCAGAGCCUCAAGUUCCGUUGAUUACGAAGAACUCAUCUCUAGAUGAGUCCCAGCUUCUAGGCUUCCGUGAUAUAAUUGGGAUUACAUCCAUCAACCAGCGCAUCAAGUCCUUUGAACACACGCGCGAUCAAUUUGCGACUCUUGAUACUGGUUUGAGCCAAUGGCUACAGUUCAUGGUGCAAGAACACUCUGAGCACACCGAUGUGGUUCAAAAAAGCCAGAAUCUCUCUCCCAUUGUGGCACAAUCAUCUCCGUCCAGAAGCCGUUUCCCCAAGCUGCCUUCUCUUGGCAAUCUCGGCUCCUCUAACACUGACGGUACCCCCACUAGCGGUAGUCAUAUGAGACGUCCUUCCGCUCACCUCGGCUCCGUGAUGAACAGGCAGAACGUCGGGGACAAAGGAAAGGAGUUCCUGCACACCGCAGGGGCAUUUAGUGGCAAGGCAAGCGGAGCAGCCAAGGGUCUGUUUGCGAAGGGCAGAAGCAAGUUCCGACCCAGUGGAGGGUCUGACAAGGGCCAAUCGACACCAAAUGCUCCUCGGCGCAGCUUCCAGUUCUCUGUCCCUUCCAGUGACGCAGCUGGGAACUCUUCUCGAAACUCCCUCUCAUUUGGCAGUUUGCCAAUCUUCAAAUCUACAAAAGCUGGAGGCUCUGCCUCCGAGUCUGAUCCAAAGGGACUUGACUCCUCCCUAGACGGUUCACAAGAUGAAGGCAAUGCACGCAAACGUGCCCGGGCUACCAAAUCGGGGGAUAAGUCCAUGUCACACAACUCCGGCGAGACGGCUGUACAACCAAAGAACUUGUCAGCUUCCAAUGGUGCUGCACCGAAACCCGGAACUUCUGACAAGUCCGAGGCUGCGGGAGAUUUCGAGCAGGAAAUGAUAGCUGCGCUUGGUCUUUCCCCUACGGACCCCCGUCCCCAAAGGUCUGCAAGCACGCCUACUGCGCUGCACCUUGGUCUGAUGAACGGCGAGAUGAAUGGCACGAACAAGCAGCCUAUUCAGCCAUCGCGGCCACAGGGAAACAAAGCGGCUGGGAUGCGAUCUGUCAGUGAUAUGCCAGUGAAGAAAGGGCCUCUGAUAGAUAAGGACCUACCGGUGAUCAAUACCGAACCCUUCAACGUAUCUUUGGGGACGAGCAGCCAGAUAGGCCAAGACCAGCGAGGCAGGAAAACUCCACCUCUUACUACCCCGUCGAUUCGCCCGGUAUUCGACGAGAGUACGAAACCGCCUUCUCCGCCUCCCAAGGAUGCUAAUUUACAUACAUCAAACGGGCAUGCUGUACCACGCCAGCCCUCAAUCUCAACACUCGGGGCCGAUGAGGAAACCGGGAAACGCUCAUCCGAAGAGGAUGGCCAUGAAAGGGAUCCACCUUCUCCCUUGCAGCCGCCACAAGCUCAGAUUGAACCGGUCGCCGAGCCCCAACAAAAUGUCGAGCGCCAUUUGAACGGCAAUCCAAACCCGACACCCGAAGCUGGGCCUUCUUCUCAUGAGAAUACAGGUUCCUUUGUUCCUUCGUAUUCGUCUGAACACGCAACUUCUGCUGAGGAAAUCGAUCAGCGGCUUGCCCCCUCGGUCCCGGGCGUGCAGAGCCCCUUGAGGAACGAAGUCAGGUACUCUCCGGGAACUCGGAGCAGUAUGCUGAGCUUUGGUAGCUUUGGUAGACACAGCAUCCACAGCAAGGGGACUCGUCCUAGCACACCUGCCAAUGGUCUGCAGGCUUCGGAGUCGAGCUCUCCGGCCGGUAACGAUGAAUCUACCUUUGGAAGGAUAAAGAACUUCGGGAGGCGUCGGCGAGCCUCGGUUGGAGAUCUACUGUCCAAUCUCCAAGGGCAGGGAGCUCAGAGCUCUCAGGGUGGCCAGCGGAAACGUGCGCUCAGUAGGCUCAGCGGACUAUUUGGGCGACAGGAGUCUCCAAAACCGGAAGCUAAACCUUCUCAGCAUACGAGGACUGUCUCGGAACCGCUGCAAGUCAAGGAUCUACCGAAGCCUCCGUCGACAAACGGGAAUCUAGAUACGGGGUCUUCUUUGGAAGAUCAACCACCGGUCCUUAAGAACCCAUUUGAGGAUCAAAAGCCUUUACCGUCAAAGCCUGUUGAACCGCCUACACCUGCAGUACUCAUAGCACCGCCCAAAAGCGACACUCCACCUCCUCGCGACACAUCUCAAAGAUCCAGCAUAUCGCUCCCACCCAGUUCAUCAUCUAAUCCUGUGUCGACCAAUCGCUUUUACUCCCAGCUCCAGUCCGGGGCUGUAAGUGAGACACCUGUAGGCUCUCGCCAAACCAGAGCACUCAGUCAUCCACUUCCUGGGAAAUCCCGAUCCCCGUCUCCCAUGUCAGUCCAUGAGAACCGAGCUGCACAGCCACUGUCGCCAUUGGAAGAACUUCAAGACCACCAAAUCCAACAAAUCGAGGAAGAUCGGGAGAAGCAACAACCCCCACCAGCCGAAACCACAGAUCCCCAGCUAGGCACAUUGAACGAGAACCAGGAACAAGAAGAGCACGAGGAACGUAAGGACCAAGUGCUUGAAGAGCACAGACACGAGCUCCACGGGGAGCCAUCUCCGCUACCUCAGAAGUCCGAGUCCGAGGGACGAGAGACCAAGCCGGAGCCAACUCUCGGCCCCGAGCACAAUGUCCGAUCCCGAAAGCCGACGGGGUCGGACUUCGCUUCCCCGAUAUUUGACAAUCGGGUCGUCUCGAACGUCUCUGUUCUUUCGGUGCAUCCUCAUCGUAGUGAAAAUGAGGCUCGAGUCGUUAAUGAUACGCAUGAACCGGUCGAGCUUGCAAUCACUGCUGACGACUCCAGUGAGGAAAUUGUUAUGUCCCCCACUGCUUAUCCGGGACAGGAGUGGACGCCGGUACAUUUGUGA